AUGAGCGUCACUUCGAUGUCAAGUUCCAGUAGCUCGUCCUCGCCUGAAUCGGACUGCGAUUGGGACAGUCCCGAUCCUACAAAACACUACUGGAGCAAGCAUUUCGGAUACUAUGACGAUAACAAUAACUUCAUUAUCCUGCCCGGCGACCCUAAAUCAGCUCCGCUUCCCGAUGAACUUCCACCCAGGAUCGGCGUCGACCAUUCGGCAAAAUACAACAGUGUCGAGGAGGUGGAGAGCUCGCUCAGCUCUGUUGGUAAGGUCUGCAACAGCAGUACUAGUUCCAGCGGCAGCAGCUUGUCCGAUCCCCCGCACUACCAACACGGCAACUACAACCGUCCCUGCAGCACCCCCGACGUCAAGCACGGCAACUACAACCGUCCCUGCAGCAGUCCCGAUCCAAAGGAUCACAGCGACAACGACAGCAACGACAGCUCCGAAGCUACGGCUCACACUCAGAGGUCUUACAAAAACUCCGAGAAUAUCGACAACGCCAUGGCUGCUAUCGACCCUAACAACCCCGCCAGCAAGUAUCACGCGGUUAACCACAUCAGUCUGGACGUGCAGAACAUCAACAAUGCCAUGAAGCGUAUCGCCACCGAGUGUGCCGCCUUGAUGGAGAUAGAGGACGACAAGUGGGACAGAUUUGAAUACGUCGACUUGAAAGUCGCCAAUAGGAGAUGUUUUGCUGCCCGUGACUGGACACCUACUAUCCCCAGGCCUGCCAAAUUCCCCCCCAAUAUCGACACGUACGUCUUUCCCCAGUACUCUCUGCCUGCUCGCCCGAUUACUCCGGUUCGAAUCCAUUCUCCCGAGCCCGAGCCCGAGUCCGAGCCUGAGUUCGAGUCCCGCAAGAGAAGUGGUCGCAACAGAUACAUACCCCGCUCUCCACCCAAGGAUGCUCUCCCCCUUCCGCUCGGCCUUGCCGAGAAGAUGAUCGAGCUCCUUCGCAUCGGUGCCUACAUCGGUGCCUUUCCCACAACCAUCGGAGAAUACCGUCUUAUCCAGCAGUACCGUGACGGCGGUGAGCGUGGUCGUAUCCCACUGAGACCUCAUCGAUACACGCUUGAUGCCUCGAUGAAGAAUUGGUAUGACCAGCCGCUCUUGGUUGACGUCGAGACUAUGGUGAAGUCUUGGGGAUGGUGUGGAAAGGUUCCGGUGGUCUUAGCUGAGCUCGCUAUAAUGAUCUCGACCUUGGCCGACAUGAAGAGGCUCUUGGGCACCUAUCAUGACAAACGUAACGGCGUUAACACCGAAGUUUCGAGCCCUACCACCGAGAACGGAUACGAGUCCGACGCCGAGAGUGACGGUGGCAAGGAAGGAGGAAAAUACGGCUACAAGGAACGUGAGGUUUACAACUUCCAGAGAGACAGCCGCGGUCGUCUCCCCAAGGUCAACUACCCCAGGUUGGCAGACGGGGACCUUCGUACCCCUCGUGGCACGUACUAUUCUGGUCAAGAGGAGGAACACAACGAUGACGACAACUCGGCCGACGAGUACGAGCGCCACCUUGACCUGUACGGCGAGGAAGAAGACCCCGAGUUCAGGGAGUACUGCGCCAAGUACGAGCAGGACCCCAACGAGCAGGACCCCAACGAGGAGGACUCCAACGAGGAGGAAGACUCCGAGUACAAGGCGUACUGCGCCAAGUACGAGCAGGACUCUAACGAGGAGGAGUACCCCAAGUACACCUCGACUGUCGCCUCCGGCUCCACCCCUGACGCUUCUUACGGCAGCCAGUCCCGUAAGUACGAGGAGUCCUCUAACGAAGAGGAUGUCGUCUACUGCAUCAACGCGGAGAGGGACAGGGUGGUGGUGGUGGUGGCCUCCAAGGUCCACUCUGCGGUCUCGGCCGGUUGGAUGCCCCUUGAAGAGGAGGAGAUGAGAAUGCUCCUGGCGGAGAGCCACGAUGGAGAGUCGGUUCGCGACUAA